AUGGCGGCGGUGAAAACGACUGCGAUUUUCGCCGUUUGGUCACACGAUAUGUCAGUUUCUCUGAGUGAUGAUGAAUUGCUGUUGCAUAAUUAUUAUGUGUUGUGUAACUAUGGAAUUGAGAAGAGUAGGAUUGGGAAGAUUUACAUGGAGGCCAAGGAAGUUUUCAGUUAUGAUGAUGGGGUUUUGCAGUUAAAAAUCAAAUCUUUUGAGAAUUGGGGGUUGAGACAGUCUCUUGUUGUUGAGAUUAUUUCUUGCAGCCCCCAUCUCUUGAUUGGUGGUGAUAAUCAAGAAUUUCAUGAUUUCUUGGAAGAAAUUGAGAAAUUAGGGCUUGAUUUGGGCAGGCUUGAGAAGCAUGUAAGGGGGUGUGAUUAUUUUGAUUGGAAAUGUAUGCUUGAGGUGAUGUGUUUAUUAGGUGAGUUGGGGUUGAGAGAUGAGCAAAUAGGGCAAGUGAUCAAGAGCCAUCCUGGUCUUCUGCUCGAGUGCUCUGGCCGUUGCACCUUGUGCUUAUUUGGUCUCUUGUUGAAGUUUGGAACGACACCGAGUGGUGCGCAAGCAGUUUUCCAUCACUUCCCGAGAGUAUCGGUCGCGGGCUUCACCAGAAACUUGCUUCGGAGCUAUCAGUUUCUAGCUGGGAUAAACAUGCCUUUUCGUGAUAUAGUUAGGAUGUUUAGUCUGUAUCCGCUACUUCUAGGAACGUGCCAGCUCAAAAAGGUCGGUAGCUUAGUCCAUCUAUUGAACUCUAGAGUAAGCCGGAUUUGCAAGAUGGUGGAGGAGGACCCUUAUGUAUUAAGGAAAUUGAUAUGUGGAGUGAGAGUUGAACGGCUGCAGCAGCCAAGCCAGGCUGCCAGAGGGAGAAGGGUGAAGGCUAGGUUUCUUGAAACACUCGGCUUUGUUGAGAAAUCGUGUGAAAUGGAGAGGAUUCUUAGGAUGUUGAUGGGGAAGGGAGAAGAGCUACAAGAGAGGUUUGAUUGUAUAGUGAUAGUGGAUUGA